AUAAACCUGGGAAACAGCCUCACACGGAUUUUUUGCUCCUCCUUUCUGUUCUAUAGCUUUUAAACCCCUUCCCUUUUAACCUCAUUUCCAUCUCAAUUAUUUGGUUGCUGCUGAUCUGCAAAUAUUGCGUAAGCUCGCCCUCUGCCCACUGGCGCCUUUAGCAAAAACAUUGUCCCCUGAUUGCUUGUCACAUUUCUUUAAAUGUGGGGCCCUCUGCCCCACAGCUGCCUGUUUGCAGAAGCCGAAAGAAAUCCGCGUUUUUUCCCCCCUCGGCUGCUCAGUAGGGUGGCUUCAGCUCUUGAAUCAUGGCUAAGAGCCUUUUGAUGUUGUUUUUCACACUGAAGGUUUGCGAGCCAUCCGAAACACACAAGACGUUUCUGAACAGCUUGGAAGCCCCUGACAUUUACUUUUAUUUCGGGACAAAUUCAAGCCUCGCAGUGCCCGAAUUUGAGCUCGUGCCUCUGACUUGCUCCUGCGCAGACAGACAGGCGUCUUGUCCAGGCCAGCGUUGUUCCUUCCACGCUUCAGGAGAUCACUUCACCUUUGAGUUCUCUCAAGAUCAAGCUCUUUCCCCUCCGUAUUUCGUGACCACCCGAAGAUUAAACUCUUCCGCUAGUUUGCUGCGGCGUUUAAGGCAUCCUUGCUUUGCUGGAGGGAAGCCACUCAAACCCCUGGGGGCAAAAUGCCGUGUCACAUAUUGUGAAGGACAGCUGCAAGGUUUUAUCAGUGUCCGUGGCAAGAAGGUUCACAUUAGACCGGUGAAAAAGCAACAUCAACGCCAGUUGAUGGAACUCCAUCUGCCUAGGCCCCACAUCGUCUUCAGCAGUCUGCAGGACGAUUCAACAUCAGCACAGACCAAUGGAAAGGUUUCCUCUCGGAUUCGCAGAGGGGUUGAGGAGAAGGUGAAACAUCUGGAGCUCUUAGUGGUGGUAGGGCCAGAUGUUCACCAGUUCCACAAAGAAGACACUGAGAGGUACAUCCUCACCAACCUCAACAUUGGAGCAGAGCUUCUUCGAGAUCCCUCACUGGGUAUUCAAUUCAGGGUUCAUCUGAUCAAAAUGAUUAUCCUCACAGAACCUGAGGAAGGCAUCCAGAUCUCCACCAACAUCACAAACUCAAUCCUGAGUGUUUGCCGAUGGAGCCUGGAGAUCAACCCAGAGAGUGACCUGGAUCCUUAUCACGCGGACCUCGUUCUUUACGUAACCAAGUUUGAUCUAGAACUCCCGGAUGGAAAUAAGCAGGUGCGUGGGGUCACCUCGAAGGGAGGAGCCUGUUCAAAGUCUUGGAGCUGCGUCAUCACCGAAGACACGGGCUUCGGUUUGGGCAUCACCAUUGCGCAUGAGAUUGCUCACAGCUUUGGGAUUGACCACGAUGGGGAAGGGAACGGCUGCGUGGGAGACCGACACGUUAUGGGCUCCGAAGGGGGACACAACAGCGUGGAUCUGACGUGGUCGGCCUGUAGCAGAGAGCAGCUCCAGGCAUUUGUCAGUACAGGCCAAGCAAGCUGCACAGAUGACCUGCCUGUGUUAAAGAGCAGCCUGCCGGAGGCGAAGCCUGGCCUGUAUUUUGGAGCAGAGGAACAGUGCAAAAUUGCCUUCGGUUCGGGGGCUUCGGCCUGCACUUUCAGCUAUGACGUGGACAUGUGCCGUGUUCUCUCUUGCCACAUCAAUUCGGCCGAUCAAUCCACCUGCUCUCGGCUCCAUGUCCCGCUUCUGGAUGGAACCGAAUGUGGGAUCCACAAGUGGUGUUCCAAAGGACGCUGCAGCUCCCUAGAAGAUCUGUCUCCGGUUAGCAUGGUGCACGGACAAUGGUCCAGCUGGACUUCCUUCACUUCCUGUUCCAGGAGCUGCGGAGGAGGGAUCAGGUCAAGACAACGACAGUGCAACAACCCUCGACCUGCUUUUGGUGGGCAAUCAUGCCAGGGAGAAGCCUUGCAAGCCGAGAUGUGUCAUGUGCAGACCUGCCUGAAGACCCAGAUGGACUUCAUGAACGAGCAGUGCUCAGCCACCAAUGUGAAGCCGCUCUACCUUCAUCGGCAGCUGCCUUCCUUCUACAGGUGGAUUUCAGCAGCUGGCUAUGCCAAAGGAGAUGCUCUGUGCCAAUAUAUGUGCCAGGCAGCUGAGAACUUCAUGGUGAGCCGUGGGGACCAAUUCACUGAUGGGACAAGAUGCAAGAAAAGUGGUCUGGCGGACAAGGAUACCCUUGCUCUGUGUGUGAUGGGCAGCUGCAGGGUGUUUGGGUGUGAUGGACGGAUGGACUCUGGAAAGAAAAUGGAUGCAUGUCAAAUAUGCGGGGGAGACGGCACAUCAUGCGUAAACGUGAAGGGCUCUUUCACUGAGGGAAAAGCCAGAGAGUACACCACCUUCCUGAUGUUGUCUCCUAACACCACCUCAGUCCACGUGGUCAACCGGAAACCCCUCUUCACCCACUUGGCGGUGAAAGUGCGAGGACAAUACACAGUAGCUGGGAAAGGACUCAUUUCUUUAAACGUCACCUAUCCUUCGAUCUUGGAAGACAACCGGUUGGAGUACAAGGUCUUCCUUACAGAAGAUAAUCUGCCCAAUUUGGAGGAGAUUCAUCUGGCUGGACGAAUCCAGGAAGAGAUAGAGAUACAGGUUUACAGGAAAUACGGAAAAGAAUAUGGGAGCGCCACCAGCCCCGAUAUCGCCUUCAGCUACUUUAGACCGAGCGAAAAAGAGAAUUACAUGUGGAAGGCCCAGUUCAGCCACUGCUCAGUCACCUGUGGGACGGCAAGAGUUGAGAAGGUGGAUGACCUCUAUUGCCUCAAGAUGCCCAAACCUCCUUCUAGGCGGUUGACGGUGGGCUGGAAUCCACCGUGGAUGAGGCUGUGUCCAGCAGACCAGAAACCCCCGGCCUUCGUGCCAUGCACCGUGGAUGUCUGCCCGUUGGGUUGGAACACGGAAUUGAGGUCUGGUGCUCCAGAACAGCGAGACCGGAUUGGAAAUCAAUCUGUAUACGUCUGGAGUCCUUUGGCUGGGAACUGUUCAGUUUCCUGUGGAGGAGGACGGAUGUUGCUGAGUUACGUCUGCCUGGUUUUUGACACUAAAGAAGAAACCGAGGAGAGACGCUGUAACCAGACCCAGAGACCAGCGAGCCGUCUAGAAAUUUGCAACCCUGAGCCAUGUCCACCAAGGUGGUUUUACAAGCAAGGUGCGUGUAGCGUGACAUGCGGGGAAGGCGUGAUGCGCAAGGUCUUGUACUGUGCGCGAGGGACCGGGGAGGAGGAGGAAGAGGUCCUGCCAGAUGCAGCCUGCGAGGACUCGUUGCGGCCCGAAGAACAGGAAGUGUGCCAUCUGGAAUCUUGUCCACCCAGCUGGAAAGUGACGGAGCGUGGGCCCUGCUCCUCUUCGUGUGGACUUGGAGUUGCCACCCAAUCAGUGUCAUGCGUGAGGCUUGCUGGAGGACGAGAAGUGGAGGUGGCCGAGGGCCGGUGCCCGGAAGCGGAAAAGCCUCUCUCGGUCGUCCCCUGCAUUCUCCGCGUCUGCCCUUACGAAUGGGGGUUCACCCAAUGGACGGAGUGCUCCGUCUCCUGUGGAACCGGCAUCCAGAGACGGAAGGAUUUCUGCAUCAACCCCCAAACUAAGACACGGGUGAACCCUCUGUUGUGCAUGCAUGUUCCUAAGCCCAUGAUGGUGAGAACAUGUUCCAUCAUCCCUUGCCUCGAACAGACCACGAUGAAGUCAGACCUCCGGUCAGAUGUCCCGACAGCAACCCAGCUUCCAUCCACAGAGGUCACUCUUCACCUCACCACCCCAGAGGUCACUCCUCGUCUCAAAGGACGGCAGGACCAGGCCUUCGACCUUCCAUGGUCCAAAGGAGAAGAUCCUCAGAAGAAAGAAACCAAGGCUAAAACCCGAGGAGAUAUCUCGGAGGAACCCAGUAUCUGUGGAAGGCAGUGGCUGGACCCCAGCGGACUAAUCAACAUGACAGGUGUGCAAGCCAGGAUUUGCACGGUCGCCAUAGGCCGCCCUUUAGGGGAGAUGAUCACAGUCCAGGUGUUGCAGAGUUCCUUGAACUGCAGCGCAGGAGAAAUAUUACUCUUUUCGACACGGACAAUGUGGCGGAUGGCCUGUAAGAAACUGAAGCUGUUGCUGGUGACCACCCAAACCAACACCCUGAUGGUCAGGCAACGCCGGCUGUUGUCGGGGAGUGGCGUUGUGCUACGGUACACCAGCCGAUUGGCAGAGAAGAAACACCAUCAAGGUGUUUGUGAUAGGCAGCUGUUUGGUCCCUGGGUCAUCCUGAACCCAGGACCGUCGCUGGAUGGGAACGGCAAAUGGCUUGCUAGGAUAUUUAUCGAUGUGGCGCCCCACCUGCGCAUUGCCAUCCAUGCGGUGUACGUGGAAUUCCAAGCAACGGCCACGAAACACACUCCAGCUACAUUUCGGCAGGCUGAGUGUCAGGACCUUUUCCUAUUCCAGAUCCGAGAUGUUGAAUCCUUGAGGACUACCGUCUUCCAGGGGAACCGUCUUUUCUACUGGGAAUCCAUCGGCAGCCGAGCCGAGAUCGAAUUCAACCAAGCCCUGGCCAACGUCAGCUUCCGAGCGGAGUACUGGGCCACCAAGUAGCCCUUCGUUUGAUUGGCCGAUGUGGAAAACGCCGCACAGGAGGCAAUUACAGUAUAUAGUCGGAAGGGACCUCGGAGGUCUUCUAGUCCAACCCCCUGUUCCAGUCGGACGGGAGGCAGGAAAGGGCCGGUGCUGAGCGCUCUCCUCAAAAACAUGAAAACGGCUGAACGAAGCAUCGUGUUCUACCUUUCAUAGGUGCCUUUCCAUAAAUCCCUUAUGCCUCUGUUUUUGCAAACAGAUUGUCUUCUCUUGGUGCUUCUGUCAACCUACACAAAGCUGGACCAAGGGCCUACCUACAGGGUCGUUGUACAGGGACUCGGCACUUGAGCAUAAAAUUAAUCCCUGUGGAGUAGCCCGCUUGGUGCCUCUGAAAAAAGCGAGCUGCAGCUCCCCAGAACUUCUGCCUUUGAAAUAAAACACGUUCGUGGAAAACCACAA